GGAGCAGCGCUUCCCUCCCCCGAUUCAGCCAGACACACACCGCCGAUGACUCGUCACUCCGCGCUGGAAGAUGGCUACGGCGGACCGGCCCCCUGUUAGGGAAGGGAUCCGGAUAAUUUUCCUGUGUGUGGGCUGGUACACGGUCAGCUCGGGGGGCAACAUCGUGAACAAAAUUAUCCUAAAUGGAUUCCCGUACCCGGUCACGGUCUCUCUGUUUCAUAUUAUCUCUAUCGUCGUCUUCCUCCCGCCGCUGUUGCGGGCAUGGGGAGUCCCCAAAACAGAACUGCCGAGCAGGUACUACCGGUGGUACAUACUGCCUCUAGCUUUCGGAAAAUACUUUGCAUCCGUGUCGGCACACUUCAGCAUAUGGAAAGUACCCGUUUCAUAUGCGCACACGGUCAAAGCCACAAUGCCAAUAUGGGUUGUUCUGUUAUCAAGAAUUAUCAUGAGGGAGAAGCAAACCACAAAGGUGUACAUAUCGCUCAUCCCCAUCAUCGGAGGAGUGCUGCUGGCCACAGCGACUGAGCUGUCCUUUGAUCUCUCAGGACUAAUCAGCGCCCUGGCUGCCACGCUCUGCUUCUCUCUGCAAAACAUCUUCUCCAAAAAGGUGUUGCGGGACACAAGAGUCCACCACUUGAGACUGCUAAACGUCCUGGGCUUCAAUGCAGUUAUCUUCAUGCUGCCCACCUGGGUUCUGGUGGAUCUCUCUGUGUUUCUUGUUAAUGGAGACCUGACGGACAUCUCAGGAUGGACGAGUACCUUCAUCCUCCUGCUCAUCAGCGGUUUUUGCAACUUUGCUCAGAACGUCAUCGCCUUCAGCGUACUGAACCUUGUCAGCCCACUCAGCUACGCCGUCGCCAACGCCACCAAGAGGAUCAUGGUCAUUAGCAUCUCACUGCUAAUGCUGCGCAAUCCGGUCACCCUCACAAACGUCCUGGGUAUGAUGACAGCCAUAGUCGGGGUCUUCCUCUACAACAAGGCCAAGUAUGACGCUAACAAAGAGAAGAAGCUGCUGCCAAGCACCAAGCAGGACCUGAUGUCCUUUGACAACCCGGCGCUGGAGAAGAUCCAGGCCAACGGGUCAGUGCCUUUCUCCCACGGCUCAGAGCAGCAGCACAGCUGGAACAACGUGCUGACCGACCACUUCCAGUACAGCCGGCAGGCCUACACGACAAACUACAGCAGCAACCACCAGUACGUGGUGUAAAGGAGGAAUCUGUCCUCGCUCUGGGUGGCCGUCAUAGACAUUGCUGUGUGUAGCCGCCCCCCAGCAGCGGGACGCAGCCUCGCUCCAAACAUGAGACUGAAGGCAAGUGCUGUUUGUUGUGGAUAAGAAGAAUGAGAUGGCCAGUGACGGGACCUCUCCCACGCUCCUCCCUGUCUGAACUUUUCUUUCUGACGGCUUUGCUGUGUGUCAUAUAUUUAUUUGUUUGGUACAGACUGUACGGGAUGGUCUGAGAGGAAACAAAACUUAAAUCAACGGUUGUCAGACAUUUUGGUGACGGAUUGAGGCAUGUUGUCCAGAUACAGAAUUGUGCACAGCAGGUGGACACGUAAAAGGUAGUUCAUGAAUAAUUUGCACCUCACUGUCUAGAAGUGUCUGAAAGAGUUCUGUUUUCACAGCCAGCCAUAAUAUCUUUGGGUUUUUUUCUUCACUUUUAGAGGGAAGGAUGUCAGCUGUAAUUAUUUAAUAUGAACAGUCAUGUUUAUAUUUGUAACAGACACAUCUCAGUGGAAGGUCUUAAAGGUAUACUAUGCAGGAUUUUCCAAAAAGCAAUGUAUAGACUCAAACAUAAGUAAGUGUAUUUACCUGCAGAGACUCUGCCCUUUGCCUGUACUUUCUUGUUUUCUCCUUAUUAGGCUGUGUUAGGGAUGUUCCUGGGCAGUGUGCAGGUGAGACCAGGACUUUAUAAAUAGGAAGUUACGGAAAUGCCGCACACAGUACCUGAAAAAACGCAAGUAUAACGAGCAGAAAAGCUUAGCAGUUACAAACAGUAACUGGCAAUUCCUGCAUAGUAUACCAUUCACAUUUAGGUUUUAAACUAAAUUGGCUACUUUAGUUCAAAGCACCGCUGCAGACUCUGUCUGGUGUCAGUGUUAAGUGUAGAUAUGAAACUGACUGCACUCACGAAAUUACCAGUGCCUGAUGAAGAAAAAUGACUAAAUAAAAAAAAUUCAAAAAUCCGUUCAUUAUGUCUGCAAGAAACUGAUGGUCAUAAAAGUUUUGCUCAGUCAGUUCAGUAAAAAUUCACACCUACUGUCAGCAAGUGUUUAGAUGCCACAAUCAGAGACAAACACCUAAACACACUCAAAGCCGCCUUGUCUUUAACCUGAGAUAAUCUUUCAGAGUGAGACCAGUUCUGUCACCCAGAACAGUCAGUGACCUCCCACAGACCUUCCCCAAAAUAAUAAAUAAGUUUGUUCGUCAUGAAGCGUAAAUGUAAAAAGUUCAAUUAGAUUUACCAAAACAAAGCAUCUUUUCUGUUUACACGCUGUAAGGAUGCUAAUGUUUCAUCAUUCUUAGGGGUUCUAACCAUGUAAACUAUAAUAGAGAUGCUAAAAUGAAUUCUUUUGCUGUAAUAGUUUGAAUCGAUUAAAAACAAUGCAUAGUUCUGUUUUAAAUUGAUGAUUGGUAUUUAUUGAUCUGCAAAGCUUCUCAGGCAGAGUGAGAUUUUGUCUCAUGUCAGACGAUUUUUGUCAGCCUGAACCAAAGCUGCUCUGUCGCGAUUAUGUUUUUUAAACAGAGGCGCGGUUUGAGUUUGCACAUCAUGAAACAUCUAAAUGUGUUAUGCAGGUUGUGACUGUCAAAUGACUUUGAAGACCUGGUGUUUUAAUUUAAAGCAUUAUUUGUAAAAUUGGUGUCAGACAGUCACCGGACAUAUUCAAAAUGAGACAUGCAUGAAAUCACUGGUUUGAUGUGCGCAUUUAAAGAUUCAACUGUAACUUUAGCUGGACAGAGGUCUGAUUAGUGUUAUUCAUUGACAAUGUUUGCAACUAAUCAUUUAUUAAUGAAAAGCCUUUUUUUACUGUUUGAAGAACAGUUUAAUUUCGUAAAAACCAGUCACUUGUUUUUCUCCUUGCAGGAUCUUAGAUGCACACUGAGCAUCUCACUGCAGCAAUAUGAUGUUUUAAUGCUUUUUAUGUUUUUUUUGAUGAUGCACAUGUGUCAGCAUCUAAAAUCAAAAUAUUUCUGCUCAUUUAUUUUGUAGAGUCAAUGCACGUUAAUUGCAUUUUUGUAAAAGUGCCAGUUGUAGCCCGUGAGCUUGUUUUAUUUCAGUUGUAGCCCCUGGUAGAUGUGGAUAUGGGAAUAAUGUGGUUAUAUUCUAAUAAUAUGGUUUGUAGGGUACAGUGUUUGUCUUCUGUGACAAAUUAAAAACACUGUCACAGUAUUUAGUCUGGAGAAACCCCCCAAAAGAGCUCUGUGGGGUUGGUGCGCUCUGGGCUUCCCACAGACAAACUAGUAUCAAUAAUUGUCCAGUUUUUGAUUUUUUUUUAUAGAAAACCAGCUCUUAGUGUUGAGAUAGUUUGUAGCUGACGUAGUUUUUGGGAUCCUGGGAACCUGCAGCUGCUCUGUUUUUCUUCAGCAGGGAGGGAAGUCUCCACCUUCUGUGUUACACUGAUCAACCAGAAAACACCUGUUUGAUGUCAUGUAAUGGAUUUCAGCAGUCUGGGAGAAAAUACUACUUUAUUUAAAUGUGUUUUUCUGUUAUGACUGCUGCUGUAGUUCUUAGUGUGUUGACAAUGUUACACUUUGAGGCUGUACUUUGUGGUGGUGUACUGCGUUAGAUUGAAACUUAGUACAAAUAUCAGACAUUCAUUCAUUUUAUCACCACAAACUGCAGCCUCAAAAGAUCACAAUAUUGAGAACCUCAGAGUCAGCAUCGAUUAAAAUGAUAGAUUUCAUAAAGGUAGUUUUUAUGUUCUGUUUUUAGUCAACCUUAAAACUUCACCAACAUUCUCUAUAUUAACACUAAAUUAUAAUCUAAUACAAGUUGCUCAUAAUGCCCAAACAGUGGAGAAUUUACACCCAUCUCUGCAGCUCUAUGUGUUUGGUUUUACGGUGGCACAUUUGUAGUUAAAUAUUUAUGAUCUCAUCAACUCCUGCAAGCAGCAGUUUCAGGCACCUGGAAUAAACCACAUAUAUACUAACUUCCCAACAUCAAACAGCAGACACAUUCACUAAAUGGCUACAGAGCAAAGUGGACCAUGUAACAGCUAAAGCACCAGAUAAUUAUAAAAUCAGUGAAGACCCAAACGGAGCUUAAAGAUGAGAUAUAAUUCAUUCAGAUAUCAUUCAAAUACUUUCAGAAACAAUCAAAAUAAGGCAAGCUUCUUAACUCUGUAUUUCAAUAUAAGCCUUUAUGACAAAAAAAAAAAAAAUGCUUUUUCUGCAUGUCAAAAUGGUGCAAUAGAUAAAAUGUGACAUAUCAUGCACCCCUACAUGAUUAGAUAUAUGAAGAACAGGAAAGUCCAUCAACCAGUUCUGGGGAGCAACUUUUAAGAAAUUAUCUACAGCUGAGAAAUGUGUUCACAUGAUAAACAGCAGUGUGACAUCGACAAUAUCCAAACAAGACAAUUCAAAGAGAAACAGCACAAUCCUUUCAUAAAGAAUGUAAUACUCACAUGCAACCUGCAGAAAGAAAUAAGUCACAUCUGAACCCUUUGUCUCACUGUGGCUCAUGUUUUAAGACUCUUUGAUUUCUUCAUGUUUUUUUCUUCCUCAUGUUGCCAAAAGCCAUUUGCAAUAAGUAUAAACUCUGUAUGCUAAUGCACGACAGGAUGGAGGCCUUGUUUGCAGGUGGACAAGAUGUAAAAGUUCAUAAACUACAUGUUGUAGUUAAUGAACUUCCUUGUGAUUUUGUUUUUCCGUGUCAUGCUGGCUGUUUGUUUUCGCACAGUGAGCGAACUGGGAGAAUACUGUUAAUUUGGAUGUUGGGUCACUCCUGUAAAGCUUUUAACUGGGAUUUAAAUGUCAGUGAAUGAAGAGAGGGGAACAUACCUUGUAAAACUUAUUGUUUUUGUGCAUUUGACUGAUCUGGAGGUGGACUUUUUACUUAAAUGACGUUUAUAGAUUUUUAUUUAUGGUGUUAAGGUACAAACGUGUACAGAGGUGCAGCUAUGCACAGUCUUGUCUGCUUAUAUGUUUAGUAAAUGCUAUUUUUAAAUGUUGAGGGAAUGGGGGGAAUAAAUGCAUUAUGGAUUACUGAA